GUCAAUGUUUUUACGCAACAAGUUUGCUGCGGGGGAGGGGGCCAUUUCAGAUUAGACAACGCCUUCUUCCUCUGCCCCCGGGAUAUACCCUCCGUUUCAGAUGAGGAAGAACUCACCAAUUGUGGUGCUGGGUGGGAAGAGAAUGAAUGACCAAUUCCAACCCAUCACCGCCAAGGCUAAGCCUAAGGCUAAAUCUGCUUUCCCGGAAAUGGAUCCGAAAAUCUGGAGCCGGCUGCCAAAGGAACUCCUCGAGCAAAUCCUCUCUUUUCUCCCUCUCAAGACAUUGUUGAAUUUGAGAUCAACCUGUAAGCACUUCAAGUCCCUUGUAUUCUCUCCCCCGUUCAUAUCCAAAUACAAACACUCCUCUGCUUCUUCGCCUUUCUCUUCGUUUCUCUUGCUGUAUCACCCUCUGUGUUUCCACCGCUUCCCUCUGUACGACUCUGCCCUUGCCACCUGGAGCAACUUUCUCCCCCUCUCCGAUUUACUACCCCGCAAAUCGCCGUCUUUCUCUCUUCUCUCCACCUCCAAUGGACUCGUUUGCUUUUCUCUCCCCACCUCAUCCGCCUUUCUUGUGCGCAACCUCUUGGCCGGAACCUCGAGGCUCAUCGAUUUCCCGGUUCACCCUUUUGCUUUUGAGGCGUUCACUUUGGUUUUUACCCCUGUUGGGUACAAGCUCUUCAUGAUCCGUACUGGUUCUUCUUCGACUUCUGCUUUUGUUUACGAUUCCAGCGUUCUCGUCUGGCGACAAUACGACGGUUUGGAUCCGAUUCCGAUUGACAAUCAUCACCAGGAUGGCGCCUGCUUUAAUGGGUGUCUGUACUUCACGACCCCAGAGCCAUUUUCAAUAGUUUGCUUUGAUUUGGAGAGUGGGAGAUGGGAGAGGUCCGAUACUGAAUUGCCCGGCGAGCUCACAUUUGUCCGGCUGGUGAGCGGCGACGGGAAAUUGUAUAUGAUUGGCGGAGUCGGGAUAGAUGGAAUCUCAAGGAGCCUGAAGUUGUGGGAAUUGGGUGAAGCAAGGAAUUGGUUGGAGGUGGAGAGCUUGCCGGAGAUGAUGCAUCGAAAAUUUGUGUCGGUUUGUUACCACAACUACGAGCAUGUUUAUUGCUUUUGGCAUCAGGGGAUGAUAUGUGUUUGCUGCUAUACAUGGCCGGAGAUUCUGUAUUACAAGGUUUCAAGGAGGACUUGGCAUUGGCUGCCCAAAUGCCCUCACUUGCCCAAUGAAUGGAGCUGUGGUAUCAAGUGGUUUUCUUUUAUUCCAGAGUUGUAUGCUCCGGUUUAACUCUGUUUUCUCCUUUUCUUCAUUUCUUGAAUUGACGCCUGUUGGAGCUUUGUUUUGGCUGUCUUUUCUGUAAAUAAUAUAAUGGAUGUUUCAAUGGGAGAUUCGUUAUUAGAGAUU